CAGUCGUCCUAUUUUGACUGGCACAGCAGGCAGGGAGCUGUGUAGGGAAAGGACAUAUUUGCCUAGUAAAGGAGCAAGGGCUUCAUCUCAGCCUCUUCCACCAUGGGUGACCAAGUGAUGAGCUUCCUCAAGGACUUUUUAGCUGGUGGGGUUGCUGCAGCUAUUUCCAAGACUGCUGUUGCCCCCAUUGAAAGAGUCAAACUGCUGCUGCAGGUCCAGCAUGCCAGCAAGCAGAUUUCAGUUGAAGCACAAUACAAGGGUAUCAUGGACUGCGUGGUCCGUAUCCCCAAAGAACAAGGUUUCAUUUCCUUCUGGAGAGGCAACCUUGCUAAUGUCAUCCGUUAUUUCCCAACGCAAGCUCUCAACUUUGCCUUCAAGGACAAGUACAAGCAGAUCUUUUUGGGGGGUGUAGACAGGCACACUCAGUUUUGGAGGUUCUUCGUUGGUAAUCUGGCAUCUGGUGGUGCAGCUGGCGCUACCUCCCUAUGCUUUGUCUACCCACUGGAUUUCGCCAGAACCCGUCUGGCUGCUGAUGUAGGCAAAAGUGGCCAAAGAGAAUUUAAGGGCCUUGGAGACUGCUUAACCAAGAUCUAUAAGUCGGAUGGUUUGAAAGGUCUCUACCAGGGAUUUAACGUAUCUGUCCAGGGUAUUAUCAUUUACAGAGCGGCUUACUUUGGCGUCUAUGAUACCGCUAAGGGUAUGAUGCCAGAUCCCAAGAAUGUGCACAUUUUCGUGAGCUGGAUGAUUGCUCAGAGUGUCACUGCUGUAGCUGGUCUGGUUUCCUAUCCCUUCGACACUGUUAGACGUCGUAUGAUGAUGCAGUCUGGCAGGAAAGGAGCUGAUAUCAUGUACACGGGAACAAUUGACUGCUGGAAGAAGAUUGCUAAACAAGAAGGAUCCAAAGCCUUCUUUAAGGGUGCCUGGUCCAAUGUAUUGAGAGGCAUGGGCGGUGCAUUUGUACUUGUACUGUAUGAUGAAAUCAAGAAAUAUGCAUAAAUGAAUAAACCUGUUUAUUUAACCAUUUCUAAUUACGCUGUGAAGACUCGUGAAGCAUAGGGUUUCGGGGACAAAAGGCUAUUUCCUAGGGAAAUUGAAAAAGACAGAAGGGGAGAUAUGCAACAAGCAAGGAUUUUUACUGUAUCAUAAAACUUACUGACGUAUGUUCCACCAUGACAUAGUACAGUGAGUUACAUUUAACUCAGAAAUGAUGUUAGAUGAUAAAUAGACAUCAUAUAAUAAGUGAUACGUAAUUAGGGGUAUGUCACUUGUCCGUUGCAUUCAGCAGGUUGGUGGGUGCAUCCAUUGAAACCUGUGCGACAUGUGUAAAGAAGCGUCGCUAUGUACUUUAUAAAUACGAGAAAUAAAAUAUGUGUAAGUCUAGUUACCUCCUAGUACAAUAGUAUUAAUCCCUCCCGGUUUACAUAAGGUUGGGCAUCAAUAAACACUACACAAAAAACAAA